GCUUCCGUAGAAGAAGAGCGAAGCUUCCGCAGGCUGGAGGCAGACUGACAGUGUAGAUGGACAGACAGACAGACAGACAGACAGACAGACAGACAGACAGAGAGAGACAUCAGCGGAACAGUCCUCAUGGUGCAGACACACACUCAGAUGGGCACAGUGUCCUUCAGCUGCUCAGCCCUGGUCUGUGUCCUGCUGCUGUUCCACUGCUGUCACCACAGCCUGGCUCUGCAGUUUGAUGGUGCCCUGACUGUGGUGGAGAAUCCUGAAGGAGGAAGAGGAGGAGGCCAGGAUGAGCCAGAAGCAGGAGUAACUGUGGAUAAUGAAGAAGAAGAAGAAGUUGUAGAGGUGGUCCAACCGACUGAGAAGUGGCAAACACUGAAACCAGGGCAGGCAGUACCAGCUGGGUCACAUGUGAGGCUGAACCUGGAGACGGGUCAGAGGGAGGUCCGAAUGGGGGAGGAGCAGCUUAAAUACUGGACCAUGGAACACAGGGACGAUGACGAGGUCCGGUCCUCAUUCAGCCCCGAUGAGCUGAAGAGAGCCAUGAAGAGGAUUAAGGAGGACAUGAACCCUGUCGACAAACACCACAACCAGCAGGACUCUGUGUUAUCAAAGUACCGUCCUCUAGAGGAACUGAAGAGGGACAUGGCUCAGAUGGACCUCCUGGUGGAGACCGAUGUCCAGAUCCUGCGGCGGCUCCUGGACCAGUUGAACAGCAGCAGCUCCACCACAGAGCAGAAGCUGAACAUCCUUCUGGAGCUGGAAUAUCUGGUCCAUCAGGUGGAUAACGCUCAGACCCUGUGCUCGAUGGGAGGUCUGGGCUUCAUCGUAGAAGGUCUGAACAGCUCUGACUCCAGGAUCCAGGAGAGCUCCGCCUUCGUCCUGGGCUCUGCUUUGUCCAGUAACCCAGCGGUUCAGGUGAAGGCUUUGGAGAGCGGUGCUCUGCAGACACUGCUGACCAUCCUGGCCACUUCACAACCACUGGCUGUCAAGAAGAAGGUACUUUUUGCGGUGGCUUCCCUUCUACGUCACUUCCCCUUUGCACAGCGGCAUUUCCUGUCGCAUGGUGGGCUGCAGGUGCUGGCAGAGCUGUUCAGGGCCGAUGACCACGCGGUUCUGCGCACACGCAUAGUCACCAUGUUAUACGACAUGAUCAGCGAGAAGGAGCACAUGACCCAGGCAGGUCCGGACCCGGUUCAGGACGCAUCCCAUCAGGAACGUGUGCGUCAGUACUCGAAGGUGUCCCUGCAGGGGGAGCUGUUGGAGAAGGGCUGGUGCAGUCUGGUCCCACAGCUGCUGGCAUCAUCUGAGCACGACUACAGAGAGAAGGCUCUGCAGGCUUUACUGGUGAUGGCGCCGGUGUGUUUGGACCAGUACCGCUCAGAUGACUUCCUGCGAGGCUCCCUGGUCUCACUGAGGGUCCAGUACCUGGAAAUUGUCCAGACACAGAGGACUGUAGAAGAAGACGAUGACUACUUUGCAGAGAUCGUACAACUUAUAGACGCUCUCCAGUUCCAGAUGAAAUGACAGCGGCUGUUCAAACGUACAUUUACAGUCCAGUGUGAGGACCGAUGACCUGUCCAGCACUGGAGGACUCACAGAAGGACAGGAUGACCUGUCCACCACUGGAGGACUCACAGAAGGACAGGAUGACCUGUCCACCACUGGAGGACACACAGAAGGACAGGAUGACCUGUCCACCACUGGAGGACUCACAGAAGGACAGGAUGACCUGUCCACCACUGGAGGACUCACAGAAGGACAGGAUGACCUGUCCAGCACUGGAGGACUCACAGAAGGACAGGAUGACCUGUCCACCACUGGAGGACUCACAGAAGGACAGGAUGACGUCCAGCAGUCUGCUUCACACAGCUCCAGACACCAGUCCAGGAUGUUGGGAUGAUCCUGUUUUCGAUGGGUCAACUUUAAACCUGUUUUUUAAGGGAGCAGAGACUCUUUGUGAUAAUAAUAAAAUAAGGUAUUUAAAAACAGUGUUCUGUACGUACAUUAUGACUGGAUGUGUUCUGACAGGUAAUAUUUAUAAUUAUCGGUAGCUCUGAUAAAUGACUUCAGCGGUUGGAAAUAUUGAGUUCUCACAUACACAGUAAGUAAAAAUAUUAGCU